AUGCCAAUUGCAAGUAUUCGUAUCUCUAAAGGAUCAAAAGUCAUCCAUAGGUGGUAUAUUCAUCUAAUUCCUUAUGAAAUGUCAAUUAGAGAUUUGUUUGUUAAACUUACAACCAGAGAAUUAUCUCAAGAGUGUAAUAUUGACACUAUAGAUCCUGAAACAAUAGAACGUAUUGAAAUAAAAAAAGUGAAUCACAAACAAAAAUUGCGAAGCGAUAUUAUUGAUUGGAUUCAAUAUCAUAGUAGCAGAUCGUCUACACAGUCAUAUACUAAUACGCAAGGAAAGCAAUUUGUUGCUUGUUUAACUGAAGCGAUUUGGUAUAUUGAUAUGCGUGAUUACCAGAAAUUUGAAGAACGAUUUUUGCACCACCAACACGAAAUUACUGCUUCUAAUCAUGCAUCAGAAACUCCUAUAAAAACUGUCGAUCACGCUACAACAAUCCAAGUCCAUAAGCGAAAUAUUCAGCAACCAGUUGACCUUGAAGAAUUACUUCCAACCAAUCCUGU